AUGAAUCGCAGAUCAACUUUCAUAUUCUUGGUGGCACUCAUCAGUGUUGCCACUCUCGCCUUUUUGUCUGGCGUUAAUGCCGACGUCACCGUUGGACAUGCUUCCAACAUUACCUCUGGUCCAGCUCCAUGCAAGUCUGCUGUUUGCCAAGUCCAACGCAGUGUUCAAUCAUUUGCCUCCAAAUUCACAGUUAAGCAGGUGUUGGUUGCAAUUAUUAUUGUGUUGACAUCUAUUGCAGCGCAUCAACAUUAUGUGUUGAGCCAAAAGAAGGGCAAUUUGCCAGGCCCAUCAUUCGUUCCACCAUUCUUUGGAAUGCUGUUCCAGCUCAUCUUGACACCAUUCACCUUCUACCAGAACCAGGAGAAGUAUGGCCCAGUGUCCUGGACGUCGAUCAUGAACAAGUUUGUGCUGUUUGUCACCGACGCCGAGACCACGCGUCAGGUGUUCAAGGAGGAGAACGCCAAGCUCUACCUCUCCAUCACGGCCAAGCAGAUUCUCACUGAGAAGGCCAUCCCCUACAUCGAGGGCACCGCCCAUCGCCAGCUGCGCAAGCAGCUGUUGCCACUGUUCACCAUCCGCGCGCUCAGCUCCUACCUGCCCAUCCAGGACGCCAUCAUCAAGGAGCACAUCGACCUGUGGUUCAAGGAGGGCAACACGAUCAACGCCCGCACCAAGUGCCGCGACCUCAACAUGGCCAUCUCUGCCGGAGUCUUUGUCGGACAAAAGACACCAGCUGAUGUGCGCGAGGAGAUUGCUCGCAACUUCUUUGUCAUGAACGAGGGCUUCCUGUGCUUCCCCAUCGAUCUGCCAGGCACCACCCUGCGCAAGGCCGUCAACGCCCGCAUUCGCCUCGUCGAGAUCUUCACCGACAUCAUUGAGGACUCUCGCAAGAGAAUGUCCGAGGGCGAGCAGCCUCAGUCACUGAUCGACCUCUGGGUCGAGUACUACCUCGGCUGUGACGAGUCGGAGCGCGACGAGCUCUCCAACGACACCAUCAUCUACACACUUCUCUCCUUCAUGUUUGCCUCUCAGGACGCCAUGUCCUCAUCACUUGUCUGGGUCGUCGCUCUCCUCGCUGAGCACCCCGACGUUCUGGCUCGCGUUCGUGAGGAGCAGUUCCGUCUCCGCCCCAACGGCGAGGCCAACACCCUUGAGACCAUGCGCAAGGCCUUCUACACACGUCAGGUCGUCAACGAGAUCCUUCGUUUCCGUCCACCCGCCGUCAUGGUGCCCCACGAGAACAUCGAAGACAUUGUCAUUGGCGACAACGUCGUCGUUCCCAAGGGCACGAUGAUCCUGCCAUCGAUCUGGUCGGCUCACUUUGACAAGGAGGGCUUCAAGGACGCACACAAGUUCGAUCCCGAGCGUUUCAACGAUGAGCGCAAGGAGGAGAUCACCUGCGCCAAGCACUACCUGGUCUUUGGUGCCGGUCCACAUUACUGCAUUGGUCGCGAGCUUGCCAAGAACCAGAUCGAGCUCUUCCUCACACACAUGGCCAUGCACGUCGAGUGGGAGCACUUGCCAACUCCAGGCGGUGACGAGAUCAUCUUUGGACCAACCAUCUUCCCCAAGGACGGUUGCAACGCCAGCAUCAAGCGUCGUGUCUACGCUGCCUAA